UCCUUCGGUUUUGAAAAAUUUUUGCUAACUAUAAAAAAGCUUGAAUAUUUGAAAUGCUGUAUCCAAGUCGAAGCGACAAAGGGGACCGGAAUCUACUGCUACUGUUUAUCAUUUUCGCAGCCUGGGAGGCGGGGAGCGGCCAGGUCCACUACUCAGUCCCCGAGGAAGCCAAACACGGCACCUUCGUGGGCCGCAUCGCCCAGGAUCUAAGGUUGGAGCUGGCGGAGCUGGUGCCUCGUUUGUUCCAGUUGGAUUCCAAAGGGCGAGGGGACCUUCUGGAGGUAAACCUGCAGAAUGGCAUUUUGUUUGUGAAUUCUCGGAUCGACCGGGAGGAGCUGUGCGGGCGGAGCCUGGAGUGCAGCAUCCACCUGGAGGUGAUCGUGGAGCGGCCGCUGCAGGUGUUCCACGUGGAGGUGGAGGUGAGGGACAUUAACGACAACCCGCCUGUGUUCCCCGGAACACAAAAGAAUCUGUUCAUCGCGGAAUCCAGGCCGCUUGACUCUCGGUUUCCACUAGAGGGCGCCUCGGAUGCAGAUAUCGGCCAGAACGCGCUGCUGACUUACAGGCUGAGCUCCAAUGACUAUUUCUCUCUGGAUGUGCCGGCCGGCGACCAAGAGGUGACACCGCUGGGGCUUGUGCUGCGGAAACCUUUAGACAGGGAAGAGUCUCCGGAACUUCAUUUAGUGCUCACGGCUACCGACGGAGGCAAACCCGAGCUGACUGGCACCGUCCAGGUACUCGUCAAAGUGUUGGACGCCAACGACAACGCCCCAGCUUUCGACAGAACUCUGUACGCGGUGAAAUUACCGGAGAACGUGCCUAAUGGGACGUUGGUGAUGAAGCUCAACGCCUCAGAUUUGGACGAAGGCUCGAAUGGGGAUAUUAUUUAUUCAUUCUCUAGCGACCUAUCUCCAGGCUUGAAAUCCAAGUUCUCCAUAGACCCCCUAAGCGGGGAAAUUACGGUAACAGGACCCAUCGAUUUUGAAGAGAGGAAAGCCUACAAAAUUCGAGUAGAGGCGACGGAUAAAGGCCUUCCACCCCUAGCUGGUCACUGUACAGUUCUUGUGGAAGUUGUGGACGCUAAUGACAAUGCUCCAGAGGUGACUAUCAAGACGCUCUGGCUCCCUGUGAAAGAAGACGCACAGCUGGGGACAAUCAUUGCUCUUAUCAGUGUGAUUGACCGAGAUUCUGGUGCCAAUGGGCAGGUGACCUGUUCCCUGGCACCCCAAGUCCCCUUCAAGCUGGUGUCCACCUUCAAGAAUUACUAUUCGCUGGUGCUGGACGGCACCUUGGACCGCGAGAGCGUGGCGAGCUACGAGCUGGUGGUGACCGCGCGGGACGGCGGCUCGCCUUCGCUGUGGGCCACGGCCAGCGUGUCGGUGGAGGUGGGCGACGUGAACGACAACGCGCCGGUGUUCGCGCAGCCCGAGUACACGGUGUUCGUGAAGGAGAACAACGCGCCCGGCUGCCACAUCUUCACGGUGUCGGCGCGCGACGCGGACGCGCAGGAGAACGCGCGGGUGGCCUACUCGCUGGUGGAGCGGCGGGUGGGCGAGCGCGCGCUGUCGAGCUACGUGUCGGUGCACGCGGAGAGCGGCAAGGUGUUCGCGCUGCAGCCGCUGGACCGCGAGGAGCUGGAGCUGCUGCAGGUCGGGGUGAGCGCGCGCGACGCGGGCGCGCCGCCUCUGGGCAGCAACGUGACGCUGCAGGUGUUCGUGCUGGACGAGAACGACAACGCGCCGGCGCUGCUGCCGCCGCCGCCGCCGUCGCCUUGGGCGCCGCCCGGGUGGCCCGGGGGCGCGGGCGGCGGGGCGGGCGUGGUGAGCCAGCGGGUGGCGCGGUGGGUGGGCGCGGGCCAGGUGGUGGCGAAGGUGCGCGCGGUGGACGCGGACUCGGGCUACAACGCGUGGCUGUCGUACGAGCUGCAGGAGGCGGCGUCGGGGGCGGCGUCGGGGGGCGCGCGGAGCGCGUUCCGCGUGGGGCUGUACACGGGCGAGAUCAGCACGACGCGCGCCCUGGACGAGGCGGACGCGGCGCGCCAGCGCCUGCUGGUGCUGGUGAAGGACCACGGCGAGCCGGCGCUGACGGCCACGGCCACGGUGCUGCUGUGGCUGGAGGACGGCGGCCCGGCGCCCAAGGCGUCCUCGCGGCGGGUGGUGGGCCCCGCGGCGGCGGAGGCGGCGCUGGUGGACGUGCACGUGUACCUGGUGGUGGCGAUCUGCGCGGUGUCGAGCCUGCUGGUGCUGACGCUGCUGGUGUCCACGGCGCUGCGGUGCUCGGCGCCGCGCGGCGAGGGCGCGUGCGUGCCCGGGCAGGCGCGGCUGGUGUGCUCGAGCGCGGUGGGCAGCUGGUCUUCGUCUCCGCGGCGGCGGCGGCGGCAGCGGCAGCAGGUGUGCUCUGGGGAGGGGCCGCCCAAGGCCGACCUCAUGGCCUUCAGCCCCAGCCUGCCUCCGUGUCCUGGAUCUGGAGAUGUAACCAGUGAUCCACAAGCUGUGGAUUCCUCUGGGAAGGUGAGUUGCUCUAAC